GGGACGUGCCGGUCGCCGUCCCGGCGGCGGGUCGGGUCGGGCCGGACGUGGGUGGGCGUUGGACGCCCUCUGGGUCGCCGGCGCCGAGGCAGCCCCGGCGGCGCGUCGCUGAGCCGGCUCCUGAAGCCAGCGGAUUCCAGUAUAACAGUUUGAGGAAUUGCCGAACUGUUUUCCAAAGUGGCUACAACCUUUCAUAUUCUCACCAGCAAUGUGUGAAGGUUUCAAUUUCUCCACGUCCUUGCCCACACUUAUUAUAAUUAUUUACAUACUUCUUCUUGUGACCAUCCUGCUGCCGUGGCUGAAACAUCCAGUACAAUGUUCAGUAGAAGUGGUGAGAACAGACGUCUUGUCUUGUUCGUGAUCUUAGGGGAAAGCAUUCAGUCUACCCAUCAGUAUAUUAAGUUCCAGCUUAACACGGGAGAUAUUCGGGGAAUUUGUGGAUUCUUUUUGCUGGAUGAAUUCUCUAGAGCCCUCUGGGGCCUUUAAAAGAAGAAAAUCCUGAAUGUAGAGCUUUGAGUCUGCGGAAGGCAAUUUCGACAAAGGCUUUACAGGACUUUGUCCGGGAAAUGAAUUGAAUUCCAGUCUUGCUGUAAUGUACAAAGCCUGUGGGCAGCAGACGCGUGCGUGAGCUGUUGCGUCCGGCGCUCUGCAGGUCAUGGAGGGUGGAGAGCUGCCUGGAGUUCUGGUGUUUGCACUUGAAGGCCCCCAUGGUGUGUGUGAGGCUCACAUUGCGGAGCUGCAGAAACACUUCCGUCUCGUUACCAUGACAGAAUUUGUGGAAAAUAAAACACAAUUCUGUCAGAAGAUCCAAGCCAUAUACAUAUGGGGUGGAAAGCCGGCCAUUGACCGGGAUCUCCUGCAGAGCCUGCCUUCCCUGAAGAUUAUCGCCAACGGGGGAGUUGGCCUGGACCACCUGGACCUGCCGCUCAUCACCAGCCUCGGCGUGGCGGUGGCCAACACGCCGCAGGCCGUGUCGGACCCCACGGCAGACCUGGGCAUGGCCCUGCUGCUGGCCGCAGCCCGCAGAGUCCUGGAAGGCUGUCGGCUGGCCGUCGCACCAGCGGCAGAGGACUUCUGUGUGAACUGGAUGGGUCAGGAGGUGACAGGGGCCACGCUGGGCAUCGUUGGCAUGGGCAGCAUCGGCUACAAGAUCGCUCGAAGGGCCACAGCGUUCGAGAUGAAGAUUCUGUACUACAAUAGGACCCGCAGGAAAUUGGAGGAGGAGGCAGCGGUUGGGGCCACUUACUGCGAGAGGCUGGACAGCCUGCUCCGGCAGUCGGACUUCGUGAUGCUGGCGGCCAGCCUGACGCCCCAGACCCGCGGGCUGAUCGGGCGGCAGGAGCUGCGGCUGAUGAAGCCCACCGCCGUCCUCAUCAACAUCAGCAGAGGUCUGCUGGUUGAUCAGGACGCGCUGGUGGAAGCCCUUCAGACUGGGGUUAUCGGCGCCGCCGCGCUGGACGUGACCUGCCCGGAGCCCCUGCCCAGAGAUCAUCCUUUGUUGAAGCUGAAGAACGUCACCCUGACGCCUCACAUUGGAAGUGCGACGCACCAAGCCAGAUGGCAGAUGAUGAGGGACAUGACUGACAGCAUCCUGGCAGCUCUCGGUGGCCGUCCCAUCCCCAACGAAGUGCUGCUGCCGUGAUUCCCUGUGCGAGGCGUGGCAGCUCACAGGGGGGAAUCGUAUUUUGUGUACCUUAUCGAUGUCCGGCCCAGCACGUAGGCCACCUACUCCUAUUUCGGCUGGGCAGGGUUUCAGGACGGGCGUGGUAGCGAACUUCUGUGGCAGCCGUGGUCUCGUCGUCAUCAGCACCGCUCUUGAGGGAACUUGUUUUUCUCAUUGGUAAAUGGGGCACAAAGAAGAAUUGCUUGUCUAAAGUUUCAGCUUGCAAAUAGCUGAAUUUUGAUUAAAGCCCUAGGCUUGGUUUUAA